CGCGUCGACCGAAGCACAAGAGCGACAGAGCGAGAAAGUUCCGACGACAGCCAAAAAUAGCUUUUGAUUUGAUACAGUUCACUUCAAGCAUCCGGCGACGGCGAGGACGAAUCAACAACAACACCGCCCCACUUCUCCAACCAGACCCUCCUCGCACGGUUGCGCGCCGAGAAGAAUCUCUCGCGAAGCCUCUCCGGCAUCUCCGUCACCACUUCCCACCGCCGCCGCCCGCGACCCCUCGUCCGCGUCGUUCGUCAGCAAUGCAGCUGUAUCACCACCCGUAUUCGCUGGACAGUCAGAAAGUACGGAUAGCACUGGAGGAGAAGGGUAUUGACUACACCUCGUAUCAUGUCAAUCCGCUAACUGGGAAAAACAUGAAUGUCGCCUUCUUCCGCAUGAACCCUUCAGCCAAGCUUCCCGUCUUCCAAAAUGGUGCUCAUGUCAUUUUCCGCGCCAUCGAUAUCAUCCAGUACAUAGACAGACUUGCGGUGCACUUAAGCGGUGAAAUCCAACCUGAGAAUACCGAAGUUCACCACUGGAUGCGGAAAGUUGAUGGCUGGAACCCUAAGAUGUUCACACUCACUCACACCCCAGUAAAGUACCGCGCGUUUGUCUCCAAGUUCAUUCGCCGGGUGCUGAUCGCUCGGAUGACGGAGGCCCCAGAUCUAGCUAGCAUGUACCACGUCAAGCUCCGCGACGCUUACGAGACCGAAGACAGGCUCAAGGACCCUGACACUGUUUUGCAAUGUGAGGAAGAGCUGAGCAAACUCCUGGAUGAUGUUGAGGCGCAGCUCAACGAGACCAAAUAUCUCGCUGGCGAUGAUUUCUCGCCGGCUGAUUCAAUGUUCAUUCCCAUCCUUGCACGCAUAACCCUUCUCGAUCUACACGAGGAAUACAUCAGCUGCAGGCCCAGGGUCCUGGAGUACCACACGUUGGUGAAGCAGCGGCACAGCUACAAGGUUGUGAUUGGGAAGUACUUCAACGGGUGGAAGAAGUACCGCACUCUCCUCAAGACCUCCUUCUUCCUUUGUGUUCGAACCUUGUUCGGGAAAUACUAGGUUAUUCAGUGUUUCGUAGCCAGUCAAUGCUGAAUCAGUGUGUACAGUGAGUUUAGGAUGAAUAUAUGACCAGUAUACCUUCAUGUGUUAUUUUUUUCUCCAAAGGCCUGGCUGAUAGUUCCCAGAUGUUUUGUUUUCCUUACAUUUCUCUGCUCCAAUGUCGCCGUGUACAAUCUACAGAAUCUAGAUGAUCUCUUACAGAAUAAUAGGCUUAUAUAUAAAGUUUGGGUUUUCUAA